CCUAGAUUAUGUUCCAACUGCAUGCUUCCUAAGCUCAAGUGUGUAGCAUUAGCACAAACUAAUUAAACACUACAUGGAUGGUAACACUGGCGGUAGGGCCGGCGGAGGUGCCAUGUCGUCGCCCUACCGGGGAGUUAGGAAGCGGAGGUGGGGCAAAUGGGUGUCGGAGAUCCGCGAGCCUGGAAAGAAAACCAGAAUUUGGUUAGGGAGUUUCACCACGGCUGAAAUGGCAGCAGUGGCUUACGAUGCAGCUGCAUUACACUUGAGGGGACCUUUGGCUCGACUGAAUUUUCCGAGUCGGGCACAAGCCCUCCCGAGGCCAGCCAGCUCAAGCCCCGAGGAUAUCCGCUUGGCAGGUCAAGAAGCUGCUUCUCAACUUGAGCAGUCCAUGAGAGAUACACAAGGGGCAUCGGGUUCUGGUAUGAGUAAUGUUCCUCCCGUCACAAUUGGACUAUCGCAGAGCCAAAUUCAAGCCAUAAAUGACAUUCCACUUGGUUCACCAAAGGUUUGGGACGGUAUGACAAAUGAGUCUAUGUUUUUUAGUAAUGACUAUGAGAUGAUGAGUGACAAUGAAGACCAAGUAGAUGAUUCUCUUUGGGAUCCCUAGCUAGAGCAAGAGCUAUUAUUGAAUGCACAUCAAAUUUAGUGAUGGCCAAAAAGGGAAUUUAUUUUUGGUCACCACCACUAACACAUAAUAAUAUCAUGACCUACUGAUAGCUACCCACCAUCAGUAGGCCAAGGCCAGUUACAAAUUUAAAUUGAUUAUUAUAUUAUAAGGUGUGUAUGUAUGUGAGUGUCAUAUUUGUCUUAUUAUUAUUUAUUUUUCCUCAUUCUAUUAAGGCAAUUAUAGAGCACCAUUUGAUUAGCUCUAUGUAGUAUUUUGUGUGUGUGUGUUUUUUUUUCGUGGGUUAUUUAAACAUUUAAGUUUAAAUAAUAUUUA